CUCCCAGGUGAGUGACUAAACUUUCCGGGUCACGUGAGCGGGUGGAGCCAGCUGGAGACGACUGAGGGACAGUAGGACUGACUGCCAGGCUGAGGACCAGAGCUGAAAGCUGGCGCCAGUAGCCUGAGAUGCGAUAGCCACCGGAGGUGGGGAGCCAGGUCGGCCGCGGCAUAGGCCUGGUUCGGUUCCCCAGGGGCCCAUGGCGAGCAGCCCUGGCCUGGGCCUGUGCUUGGCACUGAGCCUGCAACUACUGAACCCCCAGCCCUCCUUGGCCCAUAAUACUGGCUACUCUGGGCAUGAAAGCAACACUACUACCCCUUCCACAGCACCACCGGACAGUGGGGCCUUGUCCCAGGGUGCAGUCACUGCCAUCAUCACUGUAUUCUCAGUCCUGGGUAUCCUCCUCCUGGUAGUGGCACUGGUCCUGCUGGGCCGAAAGCUUCGUGAGAAACGCCAGACAGAGGGCACCUACAGGCCCAGCAGUGAAGAGCAGUUGUCCCACGCGGCUGAGGCAGCCCCAGGUCCCCAGGACUCGAAGAACAAGGCAUGGGGCUGGGUGUCCUGCUGGGGUUAGGGUGGGUGCAAAAGGUUUGGGCCCCCUUCCCCUUUGUGGGGAGGGGCAGAGACUGCAACUGAGCAUCCCAUACCCCUCCCCAGGCUAUUUGAUUAACAUUCCACCCUCCCCGUGGCCACUUAACUCUCUCAGGACUAAUCUUCCCCUCCGGGUGAAUAAUAAUAGGUAUUUGAACUGAAAAGGAGGUGCUUGGAAAAGUCUUCCGCCCCUUCUGGAAAAUCUCCCCCCACCUACCUCCUUUCUCUGAAACUCCCUGGUCCCUUUUUCCUCUCCCUUUCCAUUGCCACUACCUCCAGUUACCUAGAACUGUCCCUGGGAGGGGCUGCCUGAUUUGUAUUUUUUAUAAAGAUGGUCAUAAGGUCAAACCCUGUAUUUUAUCAUAGUGGUUGGGGUGUGGGGCUGAUGCCCUGGGGUAAUAGUGGGGUAGUAAUUAAGUUUUUCCAAGCACACACCUUAGCUCACCUGUUGCUAAGGUCCUUUUCUGCUCUAAAUUGAGUCUUUUACUAAUGAAGGCAAACAAUCCCAAAGAGGUUUAGUGACUAGGUUUAAUGCAUUACCUAGAUUCCAAAUCCUGAGCUAGAACCAUUCCCACUUAACCGAGACCCUUGAGGGGUCCCAUAGCUAGAUGGGAAUAGUAAUUGCCAUUUUUCUGGUGUUUUUAAAGCUUGCCAAAUUCAAACUUUACAUGAUCUCCAUUAAACCUACCCACAACCCCAUGAAA